CUUACACAAGAGUAAAGAGAGUUGAGUUUUUCUCUCGCAUUCACACACACACACACUUUCUCUCUCUACAUGAGUCACUUAUUCAUUCAAUUCAUCCAUAUACUCAAUCCUUUUUACGUCCCAUCAUCGAUUUCCACUCUAAAAUUCUUCUCCCUCUCUGCUCUCUCUCUUUUUUUCUUUUUUUUUUUUCCGGAAACACUCUCCAGAAAACUGAAAUAUAUAAGAGCAGACUCCAAUUUUGAAAGAAACACACACAAUCUUCUUUCUUCUCAACUAUCCAAAACCCAUUUCAGAGGGACAGAGAAAGAAAAGCACAGAAAACUGAAGAAAUUUAAAAGGGAGAGGGCAAAUAUUGUAUGGAUUCAGCAGGAGGAUCCGGAGCACCCGACCCAAACGGAGGGGAAGGUCCGUCUUCUGCCGGGGGAGGGGGAGGAUCGGCGGGUACGGUGGCGCUGGCGGCGACUCCGAGUCGGUACGAGUCGCAGAAGCGGAGGGACUGGAACACGUUCUUGCAGUACUUGAAGAACCACAAACCGCCGUUGACGCUGGCACGGUGCAGCGGCGCGCACGUGAUCGAGUUCUUGAAGUACUUAGACCAGUUCGGGAAGACGAAGGUGCACGUGACGGAGUGCCCUUACUUCGGGCACCCCAACCCUCCGUCGCCGUGCGCGUGCCCGCUCAAGCAGGCCUGGGGCAGCCUCGACGCGCUCAUCGGUCGGCUCAGAGCCGCCUAUGAAGAAAACGGCGGCCGACCCGAGUCCAACCCGUUUGGGGCUCGGGCCGUCAGGAUUUAUCUGAGGGAGGUGAGGGAAAGUCAGGCCAAGGCUAGAGGGAUUCCUUAUGAGAAGAAGAAGCGGAAGAGACCGACGACAACGGCGGCUACGGCAACGGCGUCAAAUGUGUCCACGGUGGCCACCGCCUCUACUGCUGCUGCCUCAGCUUAUGGUGGCGGCGGCGGUGAGACGGAUGCUGGUGAUGCAGCUACUGUUGCUCCUCCGACUACAACAGUAUAGUUUCACUGAUUUUUACCCUCUUUUAUUUUAAUUUUUAAUUUUUAAUUUUGGAGUUUUCUCUCUGUUUUAAUUGUGAUUAUGAGCUCUAUGUAAUUGGCGAUUCUCUUAGAAUUGAAUCGAGCCAUGAACGAAAUUUAGUUAGAGAUCUA